CACACGACCGCUGUCGAAAGGAAAAGAGGCAACACGUACGCACCUCACCACGACGCCUUCUUGGGUCGCGGGAUUCCUCUCCGGCGAAGCAAAUCCUUCCUCGCGGCGGCGACUCUGCAUCUCCCUUCCCGAUCGAUCCGAUCCCGGCGGGGCAUGGCCGACGGGGACGCGACGACGGCGACGCCGCGGUCGCCGCCGGGCCCGCCGGAGACGCCGUCCGCGCAGAAGCGGAGGCAGCGCGGGCUCGUGUCGCGGGUGUGGAAGGGCAUCUUCGGCGGCCGCGAGGACGUCGAGAAGCUGCUGCAGGCGCUCGCCAAGGAGGAGGACGCGCUCCGCUCCCGCGUCCACCGCCGCGCCCGCGCCUCCCGCCAGAACGCCCACAACGUCCUCGCCCUCGCAUCCGCGCUCGAGAUUGCGGCUGUUGGAUAUGCGAUUAUGACCACGAGAUCUCCAGACAUCAGCUGGCAGAUGAGGGCAGCCCGGGUGCUGCCCAUGUUCUUGGUUCCUGCUUUAGCUGCUCUCAUAUAUUCAGCUAUUUCAAGCAUUACGAAGUGGCUUGAUAAUAGAGACCAACAUACUCUUGAAAAGCUUCGUGCUGAAAGGCAGGCCAAAAUUGAUGAGUUGAAAGAGAGAACAAAUUACUACACUACCCAGCAACUUAUACAGAGAUAUGAUCUCGACCCUGCUGCAAAGGCCGCUGCUGCAAGUGUUUUGGCAUCUAAGCUGGGUGCGGAUUCUGGAUUGAGAAUCUUCUUGGGAGAUGAAUCAAACAUGGAUGGAAGUAAAAGUAACGAUCAGCACGGACAAACCUCUGGUCUGAGGCAAAGAAAAGCAGCCCACUCAGGUCAUGGCUCUGCUGGACAGACACACGCCUCGGAGCCAUCAGACGGGUCAAGUAUAUACGAUGGUAACGAAAGCCCGACUAGUUCAGAUCGGAGGACUGUCGAGCACUUCAGAGGGCAUGCUGGCAAUGAUGGGGGGUGGCUUGCACGGGCGGCUGCUCUGCUUGUAGGCGAGGAUCCAACACAGUGCUUUGCACUAAUAUGUGGCAACUGCCAUAUGCACAACGGUCUCGCGAGGAAAGAGGACUUCUCGUUCAUCACGUAUUACUGUCCUCACUGCAAUGCUCUCAAUGGAUCACGGCAACAGGAGGACAUGGUGCCUAACUCUGGCAAGGAGACUCCUACCGAUCGGUCCUAUGGUAACAGUGCCCAACCCAGCGCUAGCCAUGCGGACUCAGGGCUCAGCAGUCCUGUUGCGAGGAACUUGCCGACUGUCGAAGAGCUGCCUGCAGAAGAUCCUUCUGCAAGUGACUUAACAACUGCUGAAAAACCACGAGCAGAUAGUCCUGCUGCAAAUAACUUACCACCUGCUGUUGAAAUUCCACACGAUGAAGAUACCGGGGAGAAGGCAACCAGUGAUCAACCUGCCAGUUGAAUCUUCUUAUUUGUUGUAAAGGAAUGUACUCGUCAGUUCAUUGCCUUUGUGCAAUGGCACGUCAGAGCUUUUGACGCAGAUUUUUGUGCCUGCCUAGCUUAUAGAUGUGGAUUAUUGGCGUGUUCUGCUUGGAUAGUUCCAUUGGGGGUACUGCUAGGGUGCCACUAGUUUGAUGUGUACAUGUCCAGGCAUCUUCAAUGGUGGUUUGCUCCCUUUUUGUUUACCCUUUUUCUUGACUGUAUAGUUUUCUUUCUUUUGAAAGUUGUAUCCUACACAUUUUGUAAUACCAAUCGUCAAUGUGCAGUAUCGAUUUCUCUUUA